GAUUUAGCCAGUUUUCAUCCCAAAAGAGUGAAACCGCGAAUGCGAAAAUGAUAAAACUGUUAAUAUUUUUCAUAGCCUAUGCAUGUGCUACGCCCAUCGAACCUAAAGCGGAACUUCAAGACUACCGCUUACCAGAAGGUGCCGUAACAGUCUCCAAGUAUGACAUCGAACUCAGAAUCGAAAACAACUUUUUCGAGGAAAACGAGUUCGGAGGAAUCGUAUCAAUUUGGUUUACGAACUUAAAGGCCACCAACGAAAUUAAACUGCACGCUAAUGGGAUCACUUUUUCGGAAACGAAGCUCUUCCGGAUUACAGGGACCGAAGCAAACCCAGUUGAAACGAAUGUGGUACUUACAGAAGAAACUUUCUUGAGCGAUAAAGACACUGACGUUUUGACUGUGGUGUCGACUACACAACUGGAAGCAAACGCAAAUUACAGGCUGAAUUUUGUGUAUAGUGCACAACUGCGGACCAGCGAAAUGUAUGGGUUUUAUAAGAGUUAUUACAUCGGGACUGAUGGACAGAAGAAGUUUUUGGGUACUACUCAGUUUCAGCCAACCAGUGCCAGGAAGGCUUUCCCCUGCUUCGACGAACCGGAGUACAAAGCGACUUUUGAUAUCAAAAUUAGGCGCCCGAAGGAACUGCUGCCCUUGGCACUUGGAAACACGGAAGGAACGGAUGUUGACGAUAAUAAUUUCGUAAUCACUACUUUCAAAACCACACCUAAAAUGUCCACGUAUUUGAUUGCGUUCAUAGUUUCUGAUUUUGAUUGUACUCCAAGUUCAGGAAAUACGAUACAUUCUGUAUGUUCAAGAAGGGAAGCUGCAACUGAGCGUGCUCUCGCUGUAGAUUUUGGCCCCAAAUUGAUCACGGUAAUGGAAGAAAUCACUGACAUUAAGUAUCUCGAUUCUGGAAUUGGAAAAAUGCACCAGGUCGCUAUUCCAGAUUUUUCGGCAGGAGCUAUGGAGAAUUGGGGACUUUUAACCUACAGAGAAACUGGUUUACUCUACGAUCCAGCCGAAUCGUCAAACUCUUACAAACAAAGUAUCCAGAACGUCAUUUCUCACGAAAUCGCCCACAUGUGGUUCGGUAACUUGGUCACCUGUAAGUGGUGGUCUAACACUUUCUUGAACGAAGGUUUUGCCAGACUUUACCAAUAUUUCGCCACAUCCGAGGUGGAAACAACUUGGGAACUUGACAAGCAGUUUGUAACUGCACAGGUUCAACCAAUGUUGGUAAACGAUGCUGCACCUUCAGCUGCCGCCUUGUCCCAAGAAGCUUAUACUCAAGCACAGGUUUCUUCAAGAUUUGGUUCGGUCUCUUACAACAAAGGUGGAAGUAUUUUCCGAAUGCUCCAACACGUUAUAGGUACAACAAAUUUCAAUCAAGGACUUAACAGAUACUUAACUGAUAAUCAAUUUGAUGCAACCGUUCCUGAAGAUCUGUGGAACGGAAUCGAACCAUCAAUUCCUGCCAAUAUUCUACCAGAAGGUACUAAUUUAUCGAAAGUGAUGGACAGCUGGAUUAACAGAGCGGGAUUUCCGUUAUUGCAAGUGGAGAACAAUGGUAGUGCUAUUAUUGUUACACAGAAACGCUUUGUACUUUCGGGUACUCCUGCUGCAGAAGACGUUUGGUACGUCCCUAUUGCUUAUACACUUUCUUCCGAUCAAAAUAAAUUCGAAAAUAUGUCAGCGAGAGCGUGGCUAUUGCCAGACACACCUCUAGCUAUUGCAACAGUUCUAGAAGAAUCUGAUUGGAUAAUUCUAAAUAAUCAGCAAAUAGGUUACUACCGAGUUCAAUACGAAGACGAUCUUCUAAGUAGGAUAGAAGCAGUACUCAAAAGCGAAAACAUCCAGGAUAUUCACGAACUUAACCGAGCCCAUUUGGUCGACGAUAUUUACAAUCUAGCAAAAAUUGACGUCUACAAGUACAACAGAGUGUUUAAAUUUUUCGAGUUCUUGAAAGGUGAAACUUCGUACUACACAUGGAAUUCCGCACUUACGGCAUUUUCGAACAUGUUGUCGAGAACAGGAAACGACAGAAUACGAGAAGCGCUUUCGAGCCACAUUCUGGACCUGAUGCAAACAGUGUACGAAAGCGUACCAUUUGACGAACGGAAAGACGAUGAUCAAAUUUACACUUUCAAUAGGGUUCAAAUAAUAACCUGGGCGUGCAGGCUAAAUCUACCUGACUGUGUAGACAAAGCUGUGGCUGCUUUUGGAAAUUACGUCUCAACGAAAGUAAAACCUGAUAAAAAUCUGAAGUCUGUAAUUUACUGCAAUGGUCUGCGGCACAGUACUGACAUACAAGCCGACUGGGAAUUCCUGUGGGGCGAAUACAAUAGUGCCAAACUAGCAACCGAACAAGCGACCAUUUUGUCCGCUCUUGGGUGUGCCACAGAUGAAGAAGUUCUAAAGAAUUUCCUCACCAAAUCAAUCACUGUCGAUUCAGGAAUUCGCCAACAAGACGCCUCCUCGGUCUUUUCGACUGUAUACACCCAAAAUCCCAAAGGGGUCGACAUAGCUUACGACUUUCUUAUUACAAACUGGCGUGAUAUCUCAAACUACUAUGGUUCAAUGAACGCCCUCAACAAUCUAUUCAGUGGUUUAGCAGGAAGAUUCAAUAAAGAAGCGCAAGUGCAAAAGCUGAAAGACUUCCUUGCAAAUCCUGAAGCCGAUUUGCCUGAAACUGUACUAGCGGCAGCUACUGCAGCUUUGGCAAGUGCUGAGGCUAAUUUGAAACAAACUGCAGCGUUUGAACAACAGCUGACCGAGUUCUUCAAUCUUGGAACGAGCACCGCUGAUUGUGUGCGAAUUGGAUUCACCACAGUGAUAAUGACCAUUCUGGUACUGUUUUAUCAAAUGUGGCUUGCCACUGCGUCAGUAUAUACGAGUAUGGUACCAUGGACGCGCCAAAAAAUGUGUCUAAAAAUUCUGGUACUAUUCUGUGUUACCUUUCUUACACAUGCUUGUCCUGGACAGACUUUGUACCGCCUGCCUCCAACAGUACUACCCGUACAUUACCACAUAGACAUCAAAUUAGAAGCAGAUGCCUUCGUAACCAACGUAUUCCAGGGAAACGUAAACAUAACUAUCAAAAUUAGGGAACCGACUAACAACAUCCAAAUUCAUUCAAAGAACCAAACUAUCCUGUCUGCGUACUUACGCAACGUCAGUAUCACUGCCAACCUCACCCAAACUUUAAAUCUGUGUAACGAUAUUUUGACUCUAAGCACCACAGAAAACCUCCAUCCAGGUGUGUAUCUUCUGGUGAUGGCUUACAACGGUACCUUUAGUACUAAUUCGCACGGGUUGUACGAAAACACAUACAAGGAUCAAGAAGGCGACAUUCGAACGUUUGUUCUCACUUCAAUGGUACCCAUUCACGCACGACAAGUUUUCCCUUGCUUCGACGAACCUUCGAAAAAAGCAACUUUUAAUUUAUCCCUAGCAGUACCAAGAGGCUUCAGUGUCAUGUCAAACACUCUACAAAACUAUGUCAUACAACAACUGAAUGACAAUUUAGUCGCAGUGAAUUUUCCAGCCACUCCACCAAUAUCAACGAUGGAGAUUGCUUUCAUCAUCUCUGACUUCACUUGCGACGAAACCACCGACGGUAUCUUAUACAGGGUGUGUUCGAAACCCGAGUUACAACAAUCGAGACAAUAUGCCUUAGACACAGCUCUCAAACUGAUGAAGUACUUUGAGAAUUUUACAGCAGUACCGUAUGACAUGAGUGGGAUUAAAAAAAUUGACUUGGUUGCCAUUCCUGGUGAAGGUGCCGCCAGUUGGGGGAUGCCAACAUUUGCAGAAUCGUCACUGCUAUGGGAUGACAAUAGUACCACUUGGUAUAAACAAAAAGUCGCCAGAUCUGUUGCUUCGAAACUUUCGCAGAUGUGGUUCGGGAAUUUGGUGACUGAAAAUUGGUGGUCGCAUUCGUUUUUCCAUCAGGGGUUGAGUAGAUACUUUGAGUACUUCGCUACCGCUGAGGUUGAGAGUAUGUGGGAGCUUGACAAACAAUUUGUUGUUGACCAGAUGCAUACUGCUUUGUUGAAAGAUUCUUACGGUACUGCUCCACCUCUUUUGACUCAAGUGCGAAAACAAGAAGAAAUUUUGGAUAAGUUUGACGAUCUGUUUUACAGCAAAGGAGCCAGUAUUCUUCGAAUGAUUAAUCACACAGUGGGAUCGAAACCCUUUCAGCUUUCUCUACAAAAGUAUUUAGAGACAGAUAAAUUUAACACAGCAACUGCGAACGACUUUUGGAUAGAACUUCAGAAUCACGUACACCUUCGCUUCAGAGUUUACGACAUUGUCAACAACUGGAUAGAACAAGCAGGGUAUCCUCUACUAAAUGUCAAAUUAAAUGGAACUACAGUUACUAUAACACAGGAACCAUUUCAGCUCUUUGAUAGUUACUAUUUAAGUCCGCAAUGGUACAUACCUAUUACGUACAUUACCAGUAACGGAACUACAAUUUCUGGGAUUUGGUUAAAUCCUACCACGGAUAACGUGACCAUAGAAAACGCUAUUAUUUGUAAAUCGGACUGGAUCCUUGUCAACAAUUUGCAAACAGGGUACUACCGAGUUAACUACGACGAAGAUUUAUGGAACCGCCUUGCUGCCACACUUGAAAAAAACCACACUACAGUUCCCACCAUCAACAGAGCUCAACUUGUAGACGAUCUUUUCAAUCUCGCCAAAGCUGAGAAAAUUCCUCUGUCGAAAGUACUACAUUCGGUGUCAUUUUUAAAAAACGACACCGAUUAUUAUCCAUGGCAUGCCGCUUUCAGCGCUUUCUCAGACAUUUUACCAAGAAUAAAAAGUAGUGUUGUUAGGGAUAAAUUGACGCACUACAUUGACGAAAUGAUGACACAAGUUUACAAAUCGGCGCCAUUUAAAUUAGAAAACAACGACAACCAUAUUUACAAUCUUAAACAAGUGUUAGUAGUUACAUGGGCUUGCAGAAUAAACCAUUCUAACUGUAGCGAAAUUUCUGAGAAAGCUUUCCUGGACUACAAGAAUGGAAAUGGGUUUAGCGUUCCCAACAAUUUAAAAUUGCCAGUGUUUUGUAACGCAUUGCGAUCUAGUGACUACGUGGAACGAGAUGCGUACUUUUUGUGGAACAAGUUUCUAGAAAGCGGUACCGCCUAUGAAAGAGAAACGAUUUUGGUGGCUUUGGGUUGUACUCCAAAGGCAACGAUUUUGAAUAAUUUUCUGAAAAUUGCGACUCAACCGUGCUCAGAGGUACAAAAGUACGAGUCAGUACAGCUGUUUGAAUCUGUUAUUUCGAAUAAUGCAGAAGGUGUGGAUAUUAUUUUAGACUUUCUAGGAAAGAAUUAUCAAGGAAUGUAUGACUACUACCGAGAUGAAGAGAUUAUAAAAUCGUUAAUCGACAAAGUAGGAAAAAAGAUAAUGGAAAAAUCUCAAAUCGACAAAAUGUUUUCCUUAAUUCAAAAUGGUACCUUAACGGAAAAAAUUGGGAAUGCUGUGCAAAGCUCAAUUACGAUUGCAAAGAAACAGCUGCUAUUGUCGGAAAUUUUUGAAGAAGAUCUGUCUAACUUUUUCGUCAAAGGAAAAACUCUGUUACAUAGAUCAACCGUUUCAAGAAAAACUAAAAAUAACUAUUUAUUGUUUGUAGUUGUAGCUGCUGUUUUAUUUUCGGUGAACUAAUAGAAAAAUUAGCUA